CCAACCCCCUCACCUUAUUCUCCUCCCCAAUUCCUCCUUUUUAUUCCAAAUAUUAAUAUUAAUUAAUUAAUAAUUAAUAUUAGGAUUAUUAAUUAUAAUUAAUUAAUAUUAAUGGAAUCAUUAAUGUUAUCACCGUCGUCGGUGGCGGCGUCGGCAUCGGAGGAGGCGGCGGAGGGAGUGAGGCGGGGGGUGGCGGCCCCGUCGCGGUCGUUCCGGCUGCGGAGCGAGAGCCUGAAUGCGGUGCGGCUGCGGCGGGUGUUCGACAUCUUCGACAGCGACGGCGAUGGCGAGAUCACUGUCGACGAGAUCGCCCUCGCCCUCGACCGCCUUGGCCUCGGCGCCGACUGCGCAGAGCUCGCCGCCACCGUCGCCGCCUUCGUACCCCCCGGCCGCGCCGGCCUCCUCUUCCCCGACUUCAACGCCCUCCACCGCGCCCUCGGCGACGCGCUCUUCGCCGGCCCCCCCUCUCCUUCACCCGCCACCGAGCAGGAGGAGGAGCUCUUCUGUAUCACUGAUGAUCAAGAGGAGGAGGACAUGAAGGAGGCGUUUCGGGUUUUCGACGAGGACGGGGAUGGGUUCAUCUCCGCUGCCGAACUCCAGGUGGUGCUCGGGAAGCUAGGGUUGCCGGAGGCAAAGAGCCUUGCGAGGGUUCGCGAGAUGAUCUGCUCCGUCGAUCAGGAUCAUGACGGACGGGUGAAUUUCGGCGAGUUCAAGUGCAUGAUGCAGGGCAUCUCUGUGAAGGGCGCAUGAUAUCCACUGUCGGUUUUGGUCAAUUAAUAUACGAUGCAUUUCCUUUCUACUUUGAUAGAUAUGAUCUCGCUUUAGAAAUAUCAUGGAAUGGGGAGGAGAGUGUGUGCGCGCGCGCACGCGUUUUUUUUUUUUUUUGAUUAUGUAAUUAAUAAUUUGGGGGUGUUGUAAUUUGAAGUGCUAUAUGAAGAAUUGAAUUUAGUAUGUAGGAAAAAAGCUUACAUCUUUGAAAUGGGGGUGAACAAAA